CCCGCCCCAACGGGUAAUAGCUGGUUGGCGGAUCCAGAGCAGCUCCGCGCUGGGGCAGGAAAAGGCACCCAAGCAGGGUAAGAGCGCUGGGUUAAGGCAAGAAGACUGAGAGAAAGGCGAGGACGGCGCGCGUUCUCAGCGAUCUCUCCAUCAUUUCUCCCACCACCUCCGAGGAUUGCUACGCCUGCGCGGGGACAGAGCCCCGGGUACCAAAGGUAGCGGGAGAGCCAGGGGCGCGCAUGCGUGCACAGAGUUUUCCGCGUACGCUGCUGAGGCAUCGAGAAGCUCCGCGACCUAACGCCUGCGCAUCUAAGCCCCGCUCGAGGAGGCCGGUGGAAGGCAAUUCUGCGCUUGCGCCGUGGGAGGGGCGUGAAACUCUAGCGGUAAGGGCGUUGGGGGCUGACUGGCGCUAGGUGCGCCUGCGCCGUGGCUCUCGGGCGGCCGGGGGCGGGGCCCAGAGGGGGAAGAGAGAGGAGGGGGGAGGAAAGAGGCCGCAGAAGCCCGAGCCUUGACCGACGGGCAGGCGGGGGCUGCGGCGGCGCCGCGCCGGCGCCCCCCCAUGCGCCAAGCGGCCGGACGGCGGCGUCGGGGGGCGCCAUGGCCUCGGUGGCGGCGGGCGAAGCGGAAGAGACCACCCGGCUGCGCAAGCCACGCUUCUCGUUCGAGGAGAACCAGAUCUUGAUCCGCGAGGUGCGCGCCCACUACCCGCAGCUCUACGGCGCGCAAAGCCGUCGGGUGAGCGUAGCUGAGCGGCGGCGUGUGUGGGACGGCAUCGCCGCCAAGAUCAACGGCAUCACCAGCUGGAAGCGCACCGGCCAGGAGGUCCAAAAGCGCUGGAAUGACUUCAAGCGCCGCACCAAGGAGAAGCUGGCCCGAGUGCCGCACUCCACGCAGGGCGCCGGGCCUGCCGCCGAGGACGCCUUCUCCGCGGAGGAGGAGACCAUUUUUGCCAUCCUGGGGCCGGGCGUGGCGGGGCCAGGAGCUGGUGCAGGGGCCGAGCAGACCUCCGGGGCCGCUUCCUCACAGCCGCCAGCCCCAAGUGCCGGCGCCCAGCGCUACGUGUUGUCUGAGGACCGCAGGGAGGACCGACGAGCAGAUACACCAGCCCACAGCAAGGGGGGCUCCAACAGCCCCGAGCAGUGGGCCCGGCCCUCCUGCAGUCCCCAGGAAGGGGGCUGCCCGCCACCCAAGGAGCGUGAGUCCCCGCCCCUUCCAGCCCUGCAGACGGUCCAGCUGCCCCGUUUGGCCUUGUCUCCACCGCCCUCAGCCCCUCCUCCACUGCCACCACCCACGCCCUCAGCCCCAGACCCCUCCCUGGACUUCCUGCGGGCUCAGCAGGAGACUGCCAACGCCAUCCGGGAGCUGGCUGGCACCCUUCAGCAGGGACUGGCCAAACUGAGUGAGGCCCUCAGUGCCCUACUGCCCCUUCUGCCGGGAACCGCAGUGGACAGGCUGCCUCCGCCCCUGCCCCCGCCCCCGCCCCCACCCCCACCUCCCAGGCCCCUCCUGCCGCCUCCUACCCCCAAAGCCGAGAUCACCCCGGAGCCGGUGUCUGUGGUAGCUGCCGUGGUGGACGGAGCGGUGGUCGCAGCCAGGGGGGUGAUCAUCGCCCCUAGGAGCGAGGAGGGGACCCCCCGGCCACCCCCAGCCCCGCUUCCUCCCCACGACUCACCCCCACACAAGAGGAGAAAAGGUUUCCCUACACGGAAGAGGCGGGGGCGAUGGAAAUCUCCGUGAAAUCUGCCCUUGGGUUUGAGCUCCUCUCUGCUCCUCCUGCCUGCACCUCCUCCCCCCAGCUUAGCCCAGUGGAGGAGGGCGAUGCACCUUCCCCAUCUCAGCUGCCCCCCGGGCUCCCCUGCUGCAGGGGCACGAGCACCCCACUCCCUCUACUAGUUAGUGCCUGAUUCUCAGGGGACCUCACUGAUGGGUGCCCCGGCCCUUUCUCCAGUACAGCGCUGUCUGCCUGGCUGCUUCCCCAAACCCUAACUUGUAAGCCAUCGAUUUUACCUUAUUAUUGCCCUUCGUGGGUUGCGGAGGGAAUCCCUCGGGUCUGCACAUACCCCCUUCCCCAACAACUCCUGGUCUUGACUUGAAGAGAAUUGACCCGAAGGGGCCUCCUCGCUUCUCCGAUCCAGACUUUGGAGGGGCUGGGAGUCUAGAGACAAAUCAGAAUAUGGAUGACAAAGGAUACAGCAGUCUGUACCCUAGGGAGAGGGGGGUGGAGUUCUCACUGGGGAGGUACAGGUUGGGCCCUUUGCCUCCCAAUGCUCUCUCUGACCUCCAGAGCUCAACCCCCUCCUUUCUGAGUGGUGACAAGAUGUGAAUAAACUUAUUUUUAAUACAA